AUACUAGUAAUUUAACAAAAAUGAAUUUGAUAAUACUUUAAGUUCUUUUCUUGGUGAUUAUAUUGAAGUUCUCUUUUACUUUCACUGGCAUAACUGCAAAUUCUUGUAUGAUUGAUUGAUUGUAUAGUGUUUAACGUCCCUCUCGAGAAUAUUUCACUCAUAUGGAGACGUCACCACUGCCGGUGAAGGGCUGCAAAAUUUAGGCCUGUGCUCGGCGCUUAUGGCCAUUGAACAGGGAGGGAUCUUUAUCGUGACACACCUGCUGUGACAUGGGACCUCGGUUUUUGCGGUUUCAUCCGAAGAACCGCCCUAUUUAGUCGCUUCAUACGACAAGCAAGGGGUACUGAGGACCUAUUCUAACCCGGAUCCCCACGGGACCAAAUUCUUGUAUGUACAUGCAAGUAUGCAAGAAAAACUUUUCAAUCACUAUAAAGGGUAUGACAUUUACUUGGCCAAGCAGAUUCUAAUGUAUUGCAUGAAAGUAUAAUAAAUAUACUCCUCCUCCUAGACACCUGGGCCGGGAUUCAUAAAGGUUCUAAGAAAAUUCUUAGAUCUCAUACUUAAGUAGUAAAAAAAUUCUCAGCUAAGAAAAAAACUUAAGUAUUAAUUCAUAAAAAUGUUAAGCAUAAUUCUUAACUAAGUUUCAAUCUUAGAAAAAUGAAACACUUAAGUAGAAAUUCUAUGGCAACGCGAACGAUUUCCCGGAAUUUUUACCGUACUCUCCAGCAAAAGAGGUAAAACGUUGAAGACAGUGAUGUCAACAACAACAUCAUGGAGUCCAAGCAGACGAAAAGAAAGCCUAAUUGGAAUUCUGAUGAAACGCUUGCCUUGGCUUCGUAAGUAGAAGAGAACAAGCAUAUCCUGAGGGGGAAAUUAGGGCCCACUUUAACCCCGAGAUGAAGCACCGCACUUGGCAAAGUAUUGCCGAAAGACUAGCCGCGAUGGGGGUGGGCCCAGCUAGGACAGCGGUGGAAAUGGAGAAGAAGUGGCACAACGUCUUCUGCAAAUCUAAAUCUGAAAUCUCAGAUCACAGAAGAGUUGUGACUGGGACAGGUGGGGGCCCACCACCAAAACCUCUCAGCGCAGUUGCCACAACAGUGUGUAGUGUGGUAGGAGAGGAUAAUGCUUGCCUCAGUGGGAUUGAUGGUGGGAUUGACUCCUCUCUCUUGCAGAUAUUAAACAUUGGAGAAGGGAGUCAACCAGUGGGAAUCAAUGUCUUUGAGGGACCUCCUGGUACGGAUCCCCUCAUUCUCAGUUCUACCCCUCUAGUAACCACACCUGUGCAAGAGCCUCCACUACCACUACAUGUAACAUCCAGUAUGACUACAAGUUUGCAGGCCUCUGAAAAUAGAAGCAGUCAGCCUGAUUUGAAAAGGAGAAUCGAGGAGCUGAUUUGCAGGAAGUUGGAACUGGAAGUCCAGUAUAUGGAACUAAAGAUAAAAAAAACUAAAGCAAGAGGAAUGAAUUUUAUUUAUAUUUAAAAGCAUUUUAAUUGAUGUACUAUAUGUACAUGUUCUUAUCUCAUCUGAGUGAAAGGUUCAAGUGAGCUUUUAAUUCUGAUCAAACUCUGUCCAUUGUUUGUUGGCACACAGUUGGGCGACAUGAAUAGAUCAAUUUUUUAUACAUGGGAAAUAUUUUGUAAAUCUUCUCAAGAACAACAAGGCUAUGGUUAGUAAUAUUAACAAGCAAGCAAUCUAUUGUAGUGCAGAAUCAUAAAACAGCUGCAGGACCAUGCACACCUAAUGAAAAUGAUCAAUAUGCAAACAUUCCCCAAGCUUUGUGGUUUUAAGAUUUUUUUUAUGUUGCUUUUUUAAAAUUUUGUUUUUCAUUUAUUAAAAAUUAAGGACCCUGGGUUUAAGGGUGGGCUAGAAUCUAUGAUUAAAUUUUACAUAGAACAUGGAUAUAAACAAAGAAUGUUUUUUAAAUCCUCUCCAGCAAGAUCAUUAAAUUCUUUACCAGACAUUGUUGUGUUUGUCAUAAUAAAUAUUAAUAAUGGAAUAUUAGCAGAAUAUCCUUAUUUAAUAAGUUAAGUUUUUUAUGUUUCAUAUUUCAACAUUAGUAAUUAAAUACUCAAUAGAUGAAAUGAAAUGAUAUGUGUAUUAAAAUUUUCACUUUCCAUAUAAAGUAGUUGUUGGCUUUUAACUUUUCACAUUUUCAUUUUCUUCACUAGAAUGACUAGGCCAAUUUCAACCAAACUUGGCACAAAACAUCCUUGGGCAUUUUUUCCCCUCAAGAACCCCAUAGCUAAAUUGCAUGGUCAAAAUGUAAUACAUUUGUAAGACAGAGUGGUAUUUUCCUAAGUAAAUAUAUUAUUUCAUUACUAUAUGAAAUAUAUUAUUUUAGAAAGCUAUAAUUUAAGUAGCUCAUAAAGAUUAUCAUAUACCUUUAUUUUUAACCAGCUGCUUUAAUUUAUGUAUAAUUUGAUAAUAUGUACAUAUCUCUAAAUUAUUUAUAGAUUAUAGAAUCAUUAUGGUCAUUAAUCUCAUCUAUGUACAUGUAUAUAAUGUAUUUGCUGAAUAUUCAGGUGGUAUGCAUUUCGUAUGAUAGUGGUUGACUAAGAGUAAUCGAAAUUUACAUCAGUUUGAAUGGACAUAUAAAAUAUGAAUUAUCAUGAUAGAUUAAAAUUUAGUAGUUUAAAAAUGUUAUGUAUGAAUUUUGGAGUGUUCGAUUAGUAUUCAACUACAAUGUAUUUUCAUUUUUUAUAAUUUCCUUGUGUGGAUAAGUACAUGGUCAACAUUAAUUAUAGGUUAUAGACUUUGUAUGGGAAAAUAUGACGACCGAGUUUUUUGGCGCGUAGACGGACCGAGCUUGCGAGGUCCGUCCGCGACAAAAAACGAGGUCGUCAUAUUUCCCAUACAAAGUCUAUAACCUUUUUAUUAUAUACUUUCAAUUUCAUUUAGAAACUAACAAUAAUUGUAUUUUUAACAAUAACUUUAUCGGUUUAACUGAGUAAAAGAUGAAAAACACGAAAAAUUUGAAAAUUAACGGCGUAGAAAUUUGAUUGUGACGUAAUGUUUGCGGGCCGGAAUGUUUCCGGGCAUAUAUCGUGUGAGAUAUGCCCGCAAACUUUUAAAGAAAAAAGAAGAGAUGAAAUUGAAAGUAUAUAAUAAAUUGUAAUAUAUAAUUAUUUGUAUAUAGAUUAAUAUUUAGUAAAUUUGCAUGAAUUUAGUAUUUGUUAUUAUUUUAUGUUUUUUGCAUUCUGUUAAGUUUUUGAAUAUUCUUAUGAAGUUAAGUUUUUUCAGUCUAUGAUUUUUAAAGUAAUAGUCGAGUAAGAUAAAUCUAUUUAUCAAUUAUAGAUAAGAUAAGAUAGAUAAGAUAAGUUUAUUCCAAUUUUGGGCCCAGAGGGCAUAACAGUAAGACAGUGUAAAAAGAAGGAAAUUGCUAAUCAUGUGUAUACACAAGUAAAGGGACAGUAUCAGUAUUAUACCAUAUAGUAAAUCAGUAGCCAAAUUUGAAGUUCAUUUAUAAUUUCUAAGCACUGUUAAAGUAAAAAUGUUGAUUGUAAAUUGU